GACGCUCCCCCGAGAGAGGACACAUUUACGCCUGAUUUGAGAUUUUAAACAGAGAAGAAGACAUCAAAGUAAUAUAUUAAUAGAAGAUCCCCACAGGUGUGCAAAGGAACAUAUUUGAUGUGGACGAUCAGAUGGCUCAUGUGAAGCAGUUUCAAAGUAUUCUCAUGUCAAAGUCUAUGAGGGGGUUGUGUAAAGAGGAAGACUAUGCAUUUCUGGGGAUCCCAAAGAGUUCAAUCAAAGGCUACAUCGAAGGACAGACAACUCUAGAAGACGACUGGCGAGACAACAAGGAGGCGAGGGUCCGCCGAAGAUUGGAACGGGAGAAGCGGGAACAAGAAAGACUCAAAGCCGUAGAAGAGAGCAAGAAGAAAAAAGAGUGGCUGUGGAAGAUUCACAUCGAAGACCUCACCUUCAGACAAGAGAAGGAUCUGCAAGACAGACUGGCAAGACUUCAGAGAUUCAGGGAGUUCCAGAGGAAAGUAUUAGAAGAAGAGGAAGGCACGGAAGGUGAGGCUGCCAGCCAACUCCUCACAAGGAUGUAGAUGCUCCGCAGGACACUAGGAUCGGAUUGUGGAUGGUUGUUUAGUGGUCUACUAACAUGAGCUAUAGGUAUGCAAGCAGAAACAUAAAUAGUGCUGUGACGAUACAUUUUAUAGUUAGUUGCAGAAUAUGAACCAACCUGGAACCAGCAUGAUGGAGGUGAUGUAACGGUACUCUGCAAAUGCUGACCUGUUAUAAGGCCCCCCGUCACCAUGAACAACACUUCUACACUCUCUACAACCCACGGGACAUGCCAGAACAUGGAUGGAUUGCAGUGAAUUUGAAAAUCAUCCUUUAGCGUUAAGACAUAUUUGCCAAAUACAUUUUUCUCUGCAGUUCUCUGUGUCCCCAAGAAGCUCUCUUGUGUCCUCUCCACACUCUAUACCAGAUGUUUAGUCUAC